AAGAUUUCACGAUUAUCCUGAUUGGUGAGUCAUACUAUGCCUAAUCAGCCUCACUUUCACGGUCCUUUACCUGGAGAGGCAAGAUCUCACAACUAUCCUGAAUGGUCAGCCUUGACACUGCAUUUUUAGUCUCUAGGAGACAAAGGUCAGGAAACCUAUACACGCUACCAGUUAUAGGUCAGUUCUAUCAUACUUCUAGACUUAUCGAGGUUCAAUACAACCCUAUUAUACACCUACACUGUACUUUUGAGGUAUGGAAAAGGAUAUUCAGAAUCCCACACCCACGCUAAUAGAUAUAGAACAGGUCUAUUACAAUUCUAGACCCAUUACAGUUAACAUAAUAAUUAGCACUGCCUGUCUAUCCAGCGUGUCUAUCCAGUGUGUCUAAUUUUCCAGCGUAUCUGAACCUGUAGUGCACUUCUGCCCUGGGAGAGGAUGCUCAGGAUUCACCAUCCACAUUGAUGGAUGAAGGUUAGAUAUCGCUGCCAAGAUGGAGUUGCACAGCCAUGUACUGCAUUUUUAGAGCCCUGGAGAGGAUGGUCAGGUUAAAUCAUCCAUAUUGAUGGAUAAAAUAGCCAAUGGGUGGGUCUGUACUGCACUUUUAGGUCUCGGGAGAGGUUGACCAGGGCUUUACAUUCACACUGAUAGAUACAUGAGCAAUGCCAAGUCUCUGGUCCUGCUACCUGCCAGUACACUCACCGACCUGUCCUGCACUUUUAGGUCACUGGAUAGGCUAGUCACUGGUCAGAUUGGAUACAUUCACCCUAUUAGUUCUAGCAGCCAGUACACGUCAGUUCUAGGCACUAGGAGAAGUUGGUUGGAAAUUAUUAUCUACACUAAAAUGUGCAGGCCAGGUCAACCACAACUACCGUCUAAAAUACGUACUUUCCUGCAAACCAAACCGUACUGCACUUUUAGGCUCUCUCAAAGCCUAGAGGUUGAUUUAGAUCCAUCAUUAAUGACUACUACACUGUAACUUUAGGCUGCUGGAGGGCUUUGUCG